UUCAUUCGUUUCAAAACCUAAAAAUUUAAUAAAACAAAAAGAAAGAGAGAGAGUUGAAGGUGGGGAGAGAGACCAAAGAACAAAAUAAAUCAACACACUCACACAUACUUACAGAGAGCCUCCUUUAUCUUUCCAUCUCCACUGGCUCUUUCAGUCUUUCUUUCUUUCUGCAACUCUCUCUUCUUGAUGUGAUUCUCCACCAUACACUCUCAAAGAAAUUUAAAAAAAAAAAAAUCAACCUUUACAAAAGAAAGAGAGGAUCAAUUAAAGCUCAAGCACCAUGGUCUUCACAUCCAUUCCAGUCUAUCUAGAUCCACCCAACCGGCAGCAGCAGCCUAAUCAGCAGCAGGGAGCUGGAGGAGAAAACCCUCAACUUCCGCCACCACCUCCGCCUCCUGGAACUGGUGGUGGCAGCUCUGGAGCAAUCAGGCCUGGCUCGAUGGCUGAACGAGCUAGACUGGCUAAGAUUCCACAACCUGAGGCAGCCCUUAAAUGUCCGAGAUGUGAAUCAACAAAUACUAAAUUUUGUUACUUCAAUAAUUAUAGCCUUACUCAGCCUCGCCACUUUUGUAAGACUUGCAGGCGAUACUGGACCAGAGGAGGCGCACUAAGGAGCGUACCGGUUGGUGGUGGAUGUAGAAGAAAUAAAAGGAGUAAAGGAAGUAGUAGAUCGAAAUCUCCAACUAAAGCUGGGUCUAGCUCCAGUAGUGGACUUGUUUCUAAUAGUUGCACUACUGAUCUUAUAGGGCACAUGGUCCCUCCACCACCACAAUUGCCAAUCCUACCGCCUUUAAAUCAUCUCAGUGACUACAAUUCCACAGACAUAGGGUUAAAUUUUGUUGGAAUUCAGCCUCCGGGGGCCGCUACAGCUGCUGGUGGUGGUGCUGGUAUGGAGUUUCAGAUUGGAAGUACCAGUUCAAGUGGUGCUGGUGGGUCUUUAUUAUCUAGUGCGCUUGUUGAUGAGUGGAGAUUGCAACAAGUGCAGCAGUUCCCUUUCUUGGCUAAUUUUGAACCACCAACUGGUUUGUAUCCAUAUGAAGGCGAAGGGUUUCAGCCUCCAAAUUACGUUGGUCAGCUUCGGUCUAGGCCAUUGGAUAGUGGGGUUACUCAGUUAGCCUCAGUGAAAAUGGAAGAAAAUCAAGGAUUGAAUUUGUCGAAGAAUUUUUUGGGUAUGUCAGGAAAUGAACAAUAUUGGGGUGGUAAUGCAUGGACUGAUCUUCCUGGUUUCACUUCCUCUUCUACAAGCCAUCUCUUGUGAUCUCGAUGCGUCUUUAUAUUCUCUUCAAAGCUCCUCCAACCAAAUCUUGGUGUCUUUUUCACUGAAUUAAUACAGGUUUCACUAAAAGAUAAAUCGACUCACCAAAGACAAAAAUUUCCAAGCAUGACACUAACUUUGCGAGUUUCCUAUCGAUCCCAAGAGUCUAAUCAAGAAGAUGGUGAUCAAUGGGGAUGGAUCAAAGAACUUGCCUAGCUCUCUCUCCAUGAUAUACUGAAACAAGUUAGAAAUGGUAGGCUUCUAGUCUUCAAAUUUAUUUACUUGUUAUUUUUUCGUUUAUCUUGUAUUCUAUGGGUAUGUUUACAGAAGUAGAGUCUAUAUGUAUUCAUGGAGUUGGAUAUAUCUGACAUGAAGGGCUUAUAUUGUUAUAAUUUGAUCAUAUGCACUGUACUAAAUUAUGUUCCUUGAAAUGAUGAUAUGUGAUUAAUUAAUCA